AUGAUGGCCCUUAGCAAUUCUAGCUUAAGGCUAGCUCAGCCCUCCUUUUUCCUUGUAGGCAUUCCAGGUUUGGAGGAAUGCCAGCAUUGGAUAGCAUUGCCCCUGGGUGUCCUUUUUGUUCUUGCUCUAGUGGGCAAUAUCACCAUUCUCUUCAUCAUCUGGACUGACCCAUCCCUGCACCAACCCAUGUACCUCUUUUUGGCCAUGCUUGCUGCCAUUGACCUGGUCCUGGCUUCUUCCACCGCACCCAAAGCCCUUGCAGUCCUCCUGGUUCAUGCCCAUGGUAUUGGGCAUAUGGUAUGUUUAAUCCAGAUGUUCUUCAUCCACGCAUUCUCCUCCAUGGAGUCAGGUGUGCUUGUGGCCAUGGCUCUAGAUCGCUAUGUCGCCAUUUGUUACCCUCUGCACCAUUCCACUAUCUUGCAUCCAGAAGUCAUAGGGCGCAUUGGCGUGGCAGUGCUGGUGCGAGGAUUACUCCUUCUCACCCCUUUCCCCAUCUUACUGCAUCGCCUCAUCUUCUGUGCAUCAACCACGAUAGGCCAUGCUUACUGUGAACAUAUGGCUGUGGUAAAACUUGCCUGCUCAGACACUACAGUGAACCGAGCCUAUGGGCUGGCAGUGGCACUGCUUGUUGUUGGACUAGAUGUUCUGGCCAUCGGUGUUUCCUACGCUCUCAUCCUUCAUGCAGUUUUAAAGGUACCAGGGGGCGAGGCCCGACUUAAGGCCUUUAGUACAUGUGGAUCUCAUGUUUGUGUUAUUCUGAUCUUCUAUGUUCCCGGAAUGUUCUCCUUUCUCACUCACCGCUUUGGCCAGCAUGUACCUCAUCACAUCCAUGUUCUUUUGGCCACACUUUACCUCCUUGUGCCACCUGCACUAAAUCCUCUUGUCUAUGGGGUGAAGACUCGACAGAUCCGGCACCGAGUACUCAGGAUAUUCAACAUGAAAACAUAG